CUUCUUCUACUUCUCCAUCGACUCGACACUCAGCUUCAUCAAUAUUUGUGUCGCCUCUCUCGCGUGCGCUUCCCCCUUUUUCUAUCGCUCGCUUUCACUCUGACCUCGCAAAGUUAACAGCCAGCCCCAGAGAGUCCCAGCUCUCCCGAUCAUUCCCGUUUUUCCCCCGCCAGCCCUCUACCUAAGCCCACCCCACAUCCCAAAGAAAAUCACCUUCCUCACGCGAUGUCUACCCUCCUCGAGAUAACCUCAGAGGAGAGCUUCACCCCUCAAAUUGCCUCUAUCCCAGCCUCAACUCUCGUUGUUCUCUACUUCCACGCACCAUGGGCAGCCCCGUGCGCGCAAAUGCGAGCCGUCCUCUCCGCCCUCGCCUCUCAAUACCCCGUCACCUCCCCACCAACUGUCGCCUUCUUCAGCAUCAACGCCGAAGAGCUCCCUGAUAUCUCCGAAGAAUACGAUGUCACGGCUGUUCCAUAUGUCGUCCUUCUCAGGGACAGUAAAGUUCUCGAAUCUAUUAGCGGGAGCGAGGCAACCAAGGCGCGCGAUGCUGUCGAGCGAUAUGCUGGUGCCGGGUCAAGCGCCGGCGCCAAUAGUGCCGGUUCCACUACUAUCCCACCAGCGUUGACCGCUGUGCCCAGGGAGGACGGCGCGACAACGGCUACACAGGCACCUAUGUUGUCUGCCGGUCAGAGUGCAGGUGGCGCACCAGCCCUGACACCUGAACAGUCGAAGGAGGCGUUGUUUGCUCGUCUUGCGGAACUGGUUAAAGCUGCGCCAGUUAUGCUGUUUAUGAAGGGGACGCCUAGCGCGCCUCAGUGUGGAUUCAGCCGGCAACUGGUUGGUAUCUUGCGUGAGCGGAGUGUCAAGUAUGGAUUCUUCAACAUCCUUGCCGACGAGGAUGUAAGACAGGGCUUGAAGGAAUUCGCGGACUGGCCCACUUUCCCACAGCUUUGGGUUGGUGGGGAGUUAGUCGGAGGAUUAGAUAUUGUCAAGGAGGAACUUGAGAAUGACCCUGAUUUCCUUGACAGCUUCUCUGUUAACAAGGCCACUGCUGCCGCCUAAUGUAGAGAAAUAAAUAAAAGAUAUACGGGUCAACUUGUGGUCUUAGUUCACGCCAAUCUUCUAAAUUACCUAUUAGAUUUACGCAAACAUGAAUCAGAAUACCUUAGUUAACUAUGGUG